CCUAACCCUAAAUCUCUACACUCCACUUCCCACUCCAGCAGCCAACGAAAGCAACCCUCCAUUUUUUUUCUUGAAUAAAGCUGUUGUAACAGGUUGUCUUCGAUGGCUGAUGGGAAUUCGGGGGACCGAACCAUACCCGAGAACCGUGGCUUCGGGUCUCGGGUACCCAAGAACCGAGUCUGGGUCGGGUCUGGUUCCUCAAACUGGGAUUUUUUGGGUCCGGGUACCCGCAUAUUUCGGUCCGGAUACUAGGACCCGACCCGAUCUCCAGCCCUAAUAUCCAAGAUUGUCAAUUUGGUUUAGCUUGUUGGCCUGGUCCAUGGCCGGUAAAAAUAUUGGUAAUUAUGGAUAUAUCCGACAUAAUCGGGUAGGGUAAAAUUCGAACCCGAAGAAUUUUUAGUGGGUACGGGUGAAAUUCGAAGCCGAAUAUUGCAAGUAAUGGGUGGGCAUGAUUUUCUCACUAUCCAACCCGAACCUGCCCGAUUAUACACAUGCAUAUGUAUUUUGUCUAUAAAUAAUCAAUAUUUUUUUCUAAUAUAUUUUAUAUUUAGCAUAUAAAUAUACUAUUUUUAUGAAAUUAUGUUAUUUUAAUUAAUUUUCUUCAUUCUAGUGAACUAUUGUCAUACUUUUCUUCUUACGUAACGUGAGAAUACACGUGAAUAUAAGCAUAUUGGUUGGAGUCAUAAAGAGAAACUAUUACCUAUGGAUAACCGUGGAUACCCGAAACCCGAACGGGUAUGGGCACGGUUUGGAUUUUUUACUCGUUUGUUAUGUGGGUAUGGGUAUGGGUAAAACCCGAACUACUUUGGGUAUAACGGAUAUGCACUAUCCGUCCCCGACCCGACUCAUUGCCAUCCCUAGCCUGGUCGAGUAAGUGGGUUGAGGAUUAAUAGGUCGAUCGUUUUAGUCCAGUUUAACCCGGGUAUAUGAAAAUAGUAAUUAUAUUGUUCAUAAAUUUAUAAAUUACGUCAAACAUAUGAAUAAUAACAUAUAACAUUACACCAAAAUAACUUGACGUACUUGGAUCCAACUUAUAGUGAAAAUUCACACAUUUAUGUGACAUCAAUAUUCAAAUUCCAACUUCGAAUUAAAAAGAUUGGGUUAGGCAAAAAAAGGAAAUCUAAAAAUAUGCACAUUUUGCAAACCAAAAGAAAAAAACAAUAUCGUUUGACCUCCAACCCAGUAGCUUGCAGCGGUCGAUUCGGUAGGGUGUGUGCGAACCCGUUUUUCUCACUGGAUCAGGGCAGUGGCGGAACCAGAAAUCUGAAUGAAAGGGGGCUAAAAAAAAUUACGUUCACAGGUUUGAACCGACGAGGGGCUAAAGUCUUACCACCUACUCUAUUAUCCAAAUUUGCUGUGAAAUUUACAUGUAAAUUUACACAAUUUUGAGGGGCAUUAUCAAAGUGGAGCCAACCGUGGUUGACAACUUUACCAUACACGUGUCCUUCCCGAAACCUCUACUUUCACCCGGACCAAAUCUAAAACCAGCCCCACGCCCAAUAAACAAUCUUCGUUACUAUAAGUGACCCAAGGACCCCAACUCCCAACACUCUUCCAUCAUUCUCAGCCCUCCGAUCAUUCCAGCGGCUGCGAUCGAAACCACCCUCCCGCUUUAUAAAACCCGCGCCACUUGCAGAUCUCUCUGGAAGUUAGUAGUAAUACUCGCACUUUCGCAACAAGAACAAAGGAAAGAAAGCUCCCUCAGUUAGAGACAAAAAACGGAAUCCGGAAUCUCCUUCCCACGCACUUUACGUUUUGCUUCCGCCGUGGAGAAGGUACGUACAGAGAGGGAGAGAGAGAGCUUCGCUUCGAUUCUCUCGUUUUGCGUGUGAUUGGGAAAUUCGUUUCGUUGUUUUUGUUAAUUCAUUCAUUUCUCAUUUCCGUCUUGGCUUGUUGUUUGGCGGUGUGUGUGUAGAUGGAGUCGGAAAAGAAGGCGAAGAGCGGUGGCGGUGGCGGUCCGGAGCUGAAGCACUUGGGGAUCGUGAGGCUGGCGGCGAUCAAGGCGCUGGUUACUGUCUCCAGUCUGUACGGCUACGCGAAGCAGAACUCGGGACCGCUGAGAUCCACCGUCGGCAACGUCGAAGGCGCCGUCGCGUCCGUCGUCGAACCUGUCUACCAGAAAUUCAAAGGCGUUCCCGAUCAUCUCCUCGUCUUCUUCGACAGGAAGGUGGACGAAGCUUCAGCCAAGUUCAACAAGCAGGCACCACCAGCAGCAAAGCAGGUAGUCAGCCAAGCCCAGUCCCUGUUUCACUCUGCAGCCAAGAAGGCCGAGAAGCUUGUGAACGAGGCUCGGACGAAAGGUCCCAAAGCCGCCUUCAUCUACACAGUGACGGAGACCAAGCACGUCGUGGUGAGCAACUCUGUAAAGGUGUACUGCAUACUCGACAGGUAUCCUUCUGUCCACUCGAUUGCGGAGUCCACACUGCCGACUGCGGCACAGUGGUCGGCGAAGUAUAAUCAGACUGUGAAGUGCUGGAGCCAGAAAGGUUACCCUCUGGUCGGUUACUUUCCCUUGGUGCCGGUUGAUGAGAUCCAGAAGGAGUUCAAGCGGGAGAAGGGUGAAGUCAAGAAAGAACAUGCGAAUGGAGGAACUAAGCAUAAGAAGGAUAGCGAUUCGUCGUCGGAUUCGGAUUAGGAAUGUUUCUGAAAUGUUUGGACCGUGGUUGUUGAUGGUGAAACUGAUGGUUAUAUCUCUUGAGUCGGUGUAGAAAUGUUUUCUCCAAGAACUGCUUUGGCGUGAAAUGAUAAUGCGAGAGAAUGUUUUCGUGUAAGUAGAGUUUGUUUUAGUUGGGUAGUAUUCGAAAUCGUACUGCUGGAGUUUAGCUUAGUAGUUGAUUACAGUUCUGCAUAAUAGUUCCAAUCUUCUCAAUCGGCAAUGUUCACAAAGAGCAAUUUUAUUUCGUCGCAACCCAAUCACAAACCUGUACUUCAACACAAAAAUGACCUUCCAUUUCCAUUUCAUCAAACUACUAAACUUACUUUUGCUCCACGAUUAAAACUAACAGGACAAUCCAAAAGGAAACAGAACUCAACGCUAAUAUCAUUAAUCCUACCAGCCUCUUGUCGGUGCGUGAUUAAAUUCAUGUUGGAGUGAAGUCGAUUUGUAAAAUCUCUUGGACACACACACAACCAAAAAAUAUGGGGUCUUUAUACUCGCUUCCUCCUUCAGGUGCAUAAUUAAUUCCAUGUUGGAGUGAAGACUAUCUGUAAAAUCUCUUCAACAUACUCGCAACCAAAAAAUAAGUGGCUUUUAGUAGGGGUGAACAAACUAAACCGAGAAUACUGAC